AAAGGCUUUGGCUUCCCGUCGUGUCAACCCCCCGUGUUUGUCGCCUCGCCCCUGCUCCUCCUCUCGCGGCGGUCUCGCCGAGUUGCCCAUCGUUCCAUCCACGGAGGAGGGGGCCUACCCCCGCCGCCCGAUCCCCGACCCGACCGCGCAAACUGCGACAGCGAAAGCGGAAACGAGCUCGAAUCCCACGAAUUUCGGCCGGUCCCGUCCGUCAUUUUUGUAUCCGCGGCGCUGGGACACCAACGCACGCACGCUUAUCGGCAUUCAUUCGGCAACCCGCAAAAGGCCACGGCGACGACCGCUGCCGGAGCCUGCCGUGCCGCACAACGAACCGGGCGCGCCCGUCCGUCCGUCCCUGGCCCAGAAGAUCCCAACCCCGUCCGUCCGUCCGUCGCGGACUCCCGGCUCGGCGCCUCGUCCGUUCUGAAUCGGCCGCGCGCGCGCGCGGGGUAUCGCGGCGUCGGGGGGGUCGGAGCUCCCGGGAACCAGGGCGCAAGCGCAAUGGUGGAGGUGGGGAACCGGGUGCGGGGGUUCCUGCACAACCGGUGGCUGGUGUUCGUGGCGGCGAUGUGGAUGCAGUCCUGCGCGGGCGUCGGGUACCUCUUCGGCAGCCUCUCGCCCGGGAUCAAGGCCUCGCUCGGGUACAACCAGCGCCAGGUGGCCGGGCUCGGCGUCGCCAAGGACCUCGGCGACAGCGUCGGCUUCCUCGCCGGCACGCUCUGCGCCGUGCUCCCGCUCUGGGCCGCGCUCCUCGUCGGCGCCGCGCAGAACCUCGUCGGGUACGGAUGGGUCUGGCUCGCCGUCACGCGCCGCGUCCCCGUGCCCCCACUCUGGGCGAUGUGCAUUCUAAUCUUCAUCGGUAACAAUGGUGAGACGUACUUCAACACUGCUGCCCUUGUCUCAUGUGUUCAGAACUUCCCCAAGAGCCGUGGACCAAUUGUUGGUAUCCUCAAAGGAUUCGCUGGAUUAAGUGGUGCAAUUCUAACACAGAUUUAUGCAAUUGUACACUCUCCUGAUGAUGCUGCACUCAUCUUCAUGGUUGCGGUUGGCCCAACAAUGGUUGUUAUAGCUUUAAUGUUCAUUGUAAGACCUGUUGGAGGCCACAGACAAGUGCGGCCUUCUGAUGGCACAAGUUUCACAUUUGUAUACAGUGUCUGCUUGCUUUUGGCGGCUUAUCUUAUGGGCGUCAUGUUAUUGGAAGACCUUGUCGACUUAAGCCAGUCAGUGACUGUCGUGUUGACCAUUGUUCUAAUAAUCUUUUUAUUAGUUCCAAUAGUCAUCCCAGUUCUACUCAGCUUCUUUUCGGAUGAUGAUGAGACUUUGUAUGCACUAUUGUUGCCAUCACCUCGGAAAGAAGAACCAAGUGCAUCAACGUCUUCUGAGGAGCAACAGGAGGUUAUACUCAGCGAGGUGGAGGAUGAAAAGCCAAGGGACGUCGAUUUACUUCCAGCCUCAGAGAGGCAAAAAAGGAUAGCAGAACUGCAGACAAGGUUAUUUCAGGCAGCUGCUGUUGGUGCUGUCAGGGUUAAGAGAAGGAAAGGUCCACGGAGAGGAGAGGAUUUCACACUGAUGCAAGCGCUCAUCAAGGCAGAUUUCUGGCUUCUAUUUUUCUCCCUUCUGCUGGGCUCUGGAUCUGGUCUCACUGUGAUUGAUAAUCUUGGGCAAAUGAGCCAGUCAUUGGGUUACGAGGAAACUCACAUUUUUGUGUCAAUGAUUAGCAUCUGGAACUUUCUUGGACGUAUUGGUGGAGGGUACUUCUCAGAGAUUAUUGUCAAAGAUUAUGCAUAUCCAAGGGCAAUUGCAUUAGCAAUAGCUCAAGUCCUGAUGGCGAUUGGGCACUUCAACUUUGCAAUGGCUUGGCCUGGGACAAUGUACAUUGGCACGCUGCUUGUCGGAGUAGGCUAUGGUGCCCACUGGGCCAUUGUGCCAGCCGCAGCCUCUGAACUGUUUGGGGUGAAAAAUUUCGGAGCACUCUAUAAUUUCCUCACAGUCGCAAAUCCAGCAGGCUCCCUGGUAUUCUCAGGGGUUAUCGCCAGUGGCAUCUAUGACGCUGAAGCAGCAAAGCAGGCUCAGCAGCGCCACAACUCUAUGUUGCUGGCAAUGAGUGGCAGAGUGGUUAACAUAGUCUCUGAAGCCGCUCCAUCAUUGAAGUGUGAGGGCGCCAUCUGUUUCUUCCUCUCAUCCCUGAUCAUGUCCGGGUUCUGCAUCAUUGCUUUUGGCUUGAGCUUGAUCCUGGUCUAUCGGACGAAGAUUGUGUACACAAGUCUAUAUGGGAAACCGCGUACUUGAAAAAUGAACCUUCAAGGGCCAGAGGGCGUGAAAUGGCUCCAGAAUUCUCAAAACAUACGUCAAUUUUGAAUUUAGUCUGGUACCCCCAUGCUUGUACAGGUAUAGUGUUGGUCUUCUUUCUUUGAGGAGAGUAGAACAGGAGCUUUGCGUUCCAUUACAAAUGGAACGCUGCUGAGGCACGCGAGUCCCAGAAGGUUAAUCUCUCAAGCAGCAUUUCAAGUUUGUGGCUGCAGAUGGGAGGUUCAUUAUUGUGAAGUAUACGAGAGUAGAAAGUUCGUGGUGGAAAUGCUGUUCUUUGCUCAAAUUUUGCUGUAUUUAGUUUGGAAAAAUUGUAUACACAUGUAAUAAGCUGGAGACAUUUCGACGUAUGUCAGAGUGGAGAACAUAUUCUUUUAUGAUUUGCUGAAACUUGAAGUUGAAAUAUAUUAAGUUGAAAUAUAGUAAUAAACA